AGGACCAAUGUUGGGGGCGCACACGUCACUCACUUUUACCCGAAAAUAUCUCCAUCGACCAUCCAAUUAUUUUUUUUAACUCCUCGGCCGACAAAACAUUAAGGCGAAAGCUCCCCCCCCAGGACAAUAGCACACUCGCUCAACCGGGUCGAGACCAAAUGGCGAAGGAGGCUGUCGACAACAGCACCGUUCACCCAGCUCAGCAUCAGUGAAAAUGGCUCUGACUAACGCCUGGAAAACAGCACGCAGAAAUGGAAGCGGACGGUAGCUAGCUGGGGCAGUCGGCGAGAAGAAGGCGUGACAAGGCCUCAUCCAUCCGCAACCGUGUGCUUCUGCAGCUGGAUGCGCAGGAACCAUUGAAGAUUCACGUUAAAAUGAGAUGCGGUCAAAUAUGCGAUAAAACCCGUUUCCUCGUCUGCCAGGGGAACUCACUUGUCCCGGGAUUCAUCGCAUCAAUCAGAGGAAACGUUGUAAGAAAUUCUUGGCUGAACACGGAUGAGGAAUCUUAGGUGAAGGGAAAAUGCCAACGCAAUAAUUCUCACAGGAGACAAGAAGUCGUCAUUUGAACUGGUUCACAAUUAAGCAGUUUUGAAACUGGGGGGAACUCUUCUACCUGCCAGAAAGACAGUUUUAUCCUUUGUUCGUCAUAUUAUCAUCUCUGCAACCCCACUCGUUUUGGAAAUAUAGUGUGAAUGAUCAACAGAGAGUGGCGGCCUCAGAAGUAAACAGUUUGGAAAGAUGAACUUUAAGCCAUCUUUAAAGUGAGGAAGUAGUAGCAUAGCCUUACCCUUGGGGUAAAGAUUGUCUUUCACCAGUAAGUGGUGGGAUUAUUGUAGCCGCUCCUAGUGCUGGAGGUUUGGCAUCUGCACCCCCAUGCGCCAGUGAGUGGGAAAUGUUCCAAUUUGGAAAAUACAAUCUGGACAUUAUAGAGAUGUUAAGUGGGCACCAGGCCCACCAGUUCAAAGGCCUCGGUUUAGAUCGACAGCUACAGCAUCAGCAGCAAGUGCAACUCCACCAGCAUCAACUACAGCAGCAGCAGCAGCAGCAGGUUGAGUCUUCUGGAGCUCUUCUGUCUGGACUUGGCUUGGGCCCCCUGCAGGGGUCUAGAGGCUACCACGAUGACCACCGUUCUCAAGGUAAUCCAUCUCCAUGCUACUCUGGUGCCUCCCCAUGUGGAAGUGGGAUGGCGGGCCCAGCUCUGAGAAAGGCACCCUUGGCCCCAACACUGCAUCCGCACUCACAGAGCCACAACCAGCACCACCAUCCGCAGCAGCAGCCACCCCAGCCCCACCUGCCUCUUUCUUCUCUACUGGAUGACUCAGAGGAUGAUGUCACUAGCUCUGUCAAUAAUGCAAUCUCUGCAAUAACGGCAGCUACUAGUGGAAAUAGAGGGGAUGAUAGGGGAGACAUCAUAGGAGGUCUGCUAGGUGGUCUUGGUUUAGGACCUCUGGGCUCACCUUCAUCCACAUCUGGCAUGGAUAAGGGUUUUAGAAAUGGUGGGAGUCAGGAGGCUUUGAGCAGCAACCCACAGAAUCUGACUACCAAACCAAAACGCCCUCGCAAACCAAGAGCUAAAAAAGAUCCUGCAGCUGGUGGACAGCCCCCAAAACGUAGGCAAUACACCCCCAGAUUGGGGCCAAGUGGACUCCCACGCACUCAUCUUUGCAGUGUCUGUGGGAAGGGAUUUGCUCGCCGCGAGACACUACGUAGACAUGACCGCAUCCAUACUGGAGAAAAGCCCCAUCAUUGUGCUACAUGUGGCAAAUAUUUCAGAGAAGCUUUUCACCUCAGCAAGCAUCAAACAGUCCACUCUGGGGCAAAAAACUAUAAAUGCACCAUCUGUGGAAAAGAGUUUGGUUACUCCCAGAGUCUCAGAAGGCACAGCAAACUCCACCAGAAAGGGGAGCUCGAAGAGGUGCCCACAACACCAGCUCCAGAGAAUCUCAACAGCUUUAAUCCAAAUACUCAAUGUAGCGUUGCGCAAGACAGGAGCCAGAACCAAGCACCAAGCACCUCCUCCUACUACCCCUACUCUCAAGACGUCAAGCCUCAAGACUCCAACCCUCAGCCGCAGCCUACGCCCCAAUCCCAACCGCCGCCCCCACCACCACCUCGACUCUACACCUGUGCUAUAUGUUGGAAGUCUUACCGUCAUCACUUCCAACUGACUGCUCAUCACCAGAUGGUUCAUGAAGGUGGGGGUGACAAGUUUUUUUCCUGUGAGGUUUGUGGGAAACAGUUUGCUUACUCUAAUAGCCUCACUCGACACAGGCAGUCUCAGCAUGGAAUUACCCGUGGUGAACAGUCUAACCCUCAAGACGGCAGCAGUGGGUCCGGAGAAAAUAGAGGUGGGAGUGAUGUUAAUCAGUCAGCAUCUGAGAGUGAGGCUGCCACCAAUGCCUUGCUUCAGAUGGCUCCAUCCACUGAAGUUCAUGGGGGGCAGGGUCUUAGUGUUGUCACUCAUAGCCACCAGCAGGCGCCUCCACAACCACCAGCUGGUUACUCUCCCCUUUUUUAUGAUGCUGCAGCAGCCCAACCCGCUGCCUCUAAUGCCCCAUCUUACUCUCAACCCCUGCCUCCCAACUCUACAAUCAUGCCCCCUCAGCAUCCACAUUCCCCAGCUGGGGUGAAAGGAGAGCACAUUUAUCCAGCUGGAUCCCGUAGCCGCACACUUCACACCACAGCGCCAUUCCAGCCCCUCACGGAACUGCCUUCCACUGAACAUCACCAUCUGCAUCACCAUCACCAUUACUCCCACCAUCAUCCCCAUCAUCAGUCAGACACCCAGUCCCACCAACACUUCGACUGCAACAUCCCGUUGUCCCAUGAUGAAAUGAGACGACAAAAGAAGAAAAAAAAAAAGUCCAACAGGAGGGAAAAUAAAUGGGCUUCCCUUGAAUCUGCAAGAUUUGAUGGUGUCAAAACGAAGAAAAAGAUAAGUUGUACAGUAAGAGGGCAGUUGAAUAAAAAACAAGGCUCUCUUCGACUGACAAUUAGACGAGGAGGAUCGGGUGGUGGUGGGUAUAGGCUUGUCAACACUGGCGGAAUGAAGGUGCAGAUCCUGUCAUCUCUCCAUGUCCCCGUGAAGCGUUUUGGAUGUCCCACAUGCCCCAAUUCUGUGUUUUCCCGUAAAGCUGGACUGCUGAUCCACAUGGCGGUUAAACACCCACAGAAAGCCUUGAGCUGUCAGGAGCGACUAAGGUGCAGUGUGUGUGGGAAGCAAUCUCACAGGCCUCUGGCAGCCUUCGUCCAUCGGGCCUCCCAUCGCGCCAGAGGGACUUUCUCCUGCCUUCACUGUGCCGCUCGCUUUUGGAAUGCUACACUUCUUCACAGGCACAAAGUGUCCUGCCACCGCAGGGCUAAAAGACUGCAGCGAGGAGACGCCAAGAGGCCGAAGCUUUCAAAGAGACCCGGAGAAAGACAAACCCAUGAGAGUCACGAGGAGAUGUCAUUCUUACAGGGACCAUACAGAUACUGAUCCCGGUGUCUGAAGAAAUUGGUACACAAGAGGGAUUGCUUUGUUUUUUCAGCUCUAAAAUUAGAAAAUGAGGUAAAAAAAAAAAAAAAAAGGGACUUGAAAAGGCAUGUGUUGCCUGUAGGAAAAUUUGCCUCGUGUUUCUGUUGCAUCUACUCUGCUGACUAUUAGAACGAGUGUUAACAACUACUGUAGAACAUUAUAUUGAACUAUCACCUGAGAUUCUUCCAGAUUAUAUUGGAAGGUGCUCCCAAGGUGUUUUCAAAGACAUGACUGUUUUCAUAGGAUCAUUAAUUAACCCUUAAGUGCAUUGACACUAUGCUUGGCUGACACUGUGCAGUUAUCUAGGCAAGUUAGAUGAAUUGAUCUGCUAAUGUACCUCCCAUCUACAACUAAAAUCCCUGCUUCACCUCUCGCUGUAUGAUAAACGUCUGCUGUGUAUUUUGUCUUGUUGUUGUUCAAUUAGAGGCUCUGAGGAUUUUUAUUUUUUUUCAUUUUAUGUAAAGUGCAUUUAUUAGGAGUAGGGACACAGGGACAAAGACCUUUUUGUUGAUAGUUUGUCAGUGCAUGUUUGUUCUCUGGUCAAGUUUUUUGCUGAGGUUGUGAGAUCACUCCUACAGUACCGUAUGUGAUGGUUUAUUCAGUAUAUCCCCAGAAGUUUGUAGUGUAAACUUGAUUUGAAAGUUGCUCUAUUAUUACCUAGUGAUUUAAUCACAUAUAGAUAAAAUGUCAGUUCCUGAUAAUUAGCAUAACGAGGAUCCCUCUCCUGCCAAAAUUGAAGACUUACGAGAAGCCUUGCGUACGAUGUUUAGUUUACUUUCUUUAUCUGAGAUGUUCUUAGCUUUUAUACCACGGGAUUAAAAACAGGUUCAAUCAACUGUAACACGUUGAUCUCAUGUUAUUUGUAUGCUCUUUUUAGCGGUAAUUAUUUCUACUGUACUUCACAGUGUUAAAGACAAGGACCUAUCAUGAUAGAAACAAGUGUAAUAUUUCAUGUAUUUGUAACUAAGUCUUUUCCCUUAUUCAUCUUAUUUUUUGCUGAGUUGCAAUCAUGUUGUUACUGUUGAGCCUUGUUUUUUCCCCUCUUUUAAAGACUUCAGUUUUAAUCAUGCCACUUUAUUCACGUAUAAAAUGUUCAUACCCCUGUCAUUAUGUUUCUUUUCUUCUAAAGAAAAAUGAUAGUUUUAGUAGAUUUCUAUUACACUAUUUA